ACGGAUUUUAACUCGGCACAUGAAGAUUCACACUGGUGAAAAGCCGUUUUCAUGUGUGAAAUGUGAAAAAAGUUUUGGUCAAAAACGGAUUUUAACUCAGCAUAUGAUGAUUCACACAGGUGAAAAGCCGUUUUCAUGUGUGAACUGUGGAAAGGGUUUUAGUCACAAACAGGUUUUAACUCGGCACAUGAUGAUUCACACUGGUGAAAAGCCGUUUUCAUGUGUGAAAUGUGGAAAAAGUUUUAGUCAAAAACAGUAUUUAACUCAGCACAUGAUGAUUCACACUGGUGAAAAGCCGUUUUCAUGUGUGAACUGUGGAAAAGGUUUUAGUCGAAAACUUAGUUUAACUGAACACAUGAUGAUUCACACUGGUGAAAAGCCGUUUUCAUGUGUGAACUGUGGAAAAGGUUUUAGUCAAAAACAUAAUUUAUCUCUGCACAUGAUGAUUCACACUGGUGAAAAGCCGUUUUCAUGUGUGAACUGUGGAAAAAGUUUUAGUCAAAAAGGUAAUUUAACUCAGCACAUGAUGAUUCACACUGGUGAAAAGCCGUUUUCAUGUGUGAAAUGUGGAAAAAGUUUUAGUCACAAACAGGUUUUAACUCAGCACAUGAUGAUUCACACUGGUGAAAAGCCGUUUUCAUGUGUGAAAUGUGGAAAAUGUUUUAGUCACAAACGGAUUUUAACUCAGCACAUGAAGAUUCACACUGGUGAAAAGCCGUUUUCAUGUGUGAACUGUGGAAAAAGUUUUGGUCAAAAACGGAUUUUAACUCAGCACAUGAUGAUUCACACUGGUGAAAAGCCGUUUUCAUGUGUGAAAUGUGGAAAAAGUUUUAGUCAAAAACAGGAUUUAACUCAGCACAUGAUGAUUCACACUGGUGAAAAGCCGUUUUCAUGUGUGAAAUGUGGAAAAAGUUUUGGUCAAAAACGGAUUUUAACUCAGCACAUGAUGAUUCACACUGGUGAAAAGCCGUUUUCAUGUGUGAAAUGUGGAAAAAGUUUUGGUCACAAACGGAUUUUAACUGAACACAUGAUGAUUCACACUGGUGAAAAACCAUUUUCAUGUGUGAAUUGUGGAGAAAGUUUUCGUCACAAGGUGAGUUUAAUUCACCACUUGAAGCGUCACACAGGUGAAAAGCAGUAGAAGUAUUUUCCAUACAUGUUCUAUGUUGAGGUUCACUAUAGAACUGAUUUGGUUUAAAACUAGAAUGAAAGACUGGAGGGGUUUCAUGUCUAUAAAGCUGAAAAUUGUUGUAUUUGUU